CAAAGGUCGGUGGCAGACGAAACAGCAAGUGGCAGGAAGAGAGAUUUAGCUAGCUACUAAAACUGACAGAGGAAAGUAACGUAACAACUUAAAAACGAUGGGGGAGAAAUCAGGAGUCCGGCGUAGAAGAAUUGCAGGCCGUCGGUCCGAAGAUUUAGACAGGGAAUCAUAUAAUGAAGAAACAUCACAAGGAUGGAACAAUGCUGCCUGUCUGAUUGGUGUGUUUGCGGCCCUGAUUCUAACACCUAUCAUCAUAGCUGUUAUUCCUGCCCCGAUAGAACCAGUGGUGUAUCAACUCAAAGAGCCCCCUGUGUUUGAGGGACCACUAGAACCAAAUACUCACCUACAAAAGGCAGAACAUUUGUACAAAAACCAACUAACAGGACCAGAGUCUAUUGUAGUGGAUGGAGAGCACACAUACACAGGCACUGCUGAUGGGAAGAUACUUCACAUACAUAAAGGGGAGAUAACUGUCCUGGCACGACUUGGAGUGGAACCAUGUGGUACAUUUGAAUCGGAGCCAACAUGUGGCCGCCCUUUAGGAAUGAGAUUGGACAAGGAAGGGUACUUGAUUGUAGCAGAUGCAUACUUGGGACUGUUCAGAGUAAAUGUAGCCACAGGUGAUGUGUUUGCACUGUGGCCAUCCACUUUCUCUAUUGGUGGGGAUAAGAUACGGUUCCUCAAUGAUGUCGCAGUUGCCAGCAAUGGGCUCAUCUACAUGACAGACUCCAGCAUCAAGUGGGACAGGCGCCACAAUCGGUACCUUGUUCUGGAAGCAGAAAGGUCUGGCAGGUUACUGGAGCAUGACCCCAAGACUAACACCACAGCGAGGAUUGCCAGUGCCAUGGCCUUCCCUAAUGGUAUACAGCUAUCAAAGAAUGAAGAUUUCCUGUUGAUCUGUGAGACCACAAAAGCCAGAAUUUUAAAGUACCAGUUGACAGGGUCUGGAGCAGGGGAGGUAAGCGUGUUUAUAGACAACCUACCAGGUUUACCAGACAACAUACGUCCCAGCAGUACAGGAGGAUACUGGAUAGGAAUGGCCACUGCCCGCCGAGGAGGAAAAUUCAGCUUAGUAGAUUAUGCAUCACAGAGACCUUGGAUAAGAACUCUCAUCACAAAACUAUUCUCCCAAGAAAUGAUAAUGCGUUUUGUACCAAAGUAUGGCUUGGUGAUUGAGGUCAGUGCUGAUGGGAAGAUAUUACGAAGUUUGCACGACCCCACAGGAGAGGUCAUUCCAUCCGUGAGCGAGGUGGAGGACAAGAAUGGUGUGCUGUAUUUAGGCUCCUAUAACCUUCCCUACAUAUCCAGAUUGUAUUUGGCAAGACUAGACAAAAGUUAAAGCUCAUUACAAACCAUUUGGGGGUAAAUAUAGUAAAGGAUUCACUCACUUAUUUCAAAUCAGAAUCAAGAAAAAAGUAGUUUCUUUGAUAGAACUGUACAUUAUUAGGAAUUACUUCAUCUUGUUAUUCUCUUAUGUCUUUACAAUGUGCAAUUAACAAACAAAUUAUCAACUGUCUUUCUUCGAUUUUAUUUAAUACAGUAUUUAGAUUAUGACUUUUAUAGAUUGGAUUUGCAUUUGUACUCCAAAAACAUAAUAUGUAGUUGUUGUUGAUUUUGUAAUGAGUAAUUGUAAAACAUUCCUUUCUUUAAAAAAAGUAAAUAUAUGAAUGUCUACAUGCUUACUUACCAAGUAUUUGACUAAUUAAGUUAAUAGGAUGAUAAAUACAGACUCCGGUUUCACCUGGAAUUGUUCUGUAGUUUUCACUAGAAAUUAUUCAAGAUAUUUAACCAGAAAUUUUGUUUAGUAAUUUUGAUGGCUUUGCCAAGAAUAUUGAUUUUUGCCAAAACUUGUUCAGGAUUUUCAUCAGGAAUUCUUCAAUGACUUGUACUAGGAUUGGUUCAAUUGGUUCAUCCCAAUAGGAAUUGUUUGAGGGCUUUUGUCUAGAGCUGUUCAAGGUUUUGACGAGGAAUUGUUUUCACCAAGAAGUGUUCGAGAUUCUACCCUGUGUUCUUGUUACUGUUUAUUAUUAUUGUUUAUGAGUAAAACAAGUUUGAAUAGUUAAAAUACUUUAAGCUGAGAAAAACACAUUGUCACUGUUAUCACACAAUAGAUAAGAGUAGAAACAAUACAAUACCAUUAUUUUGUCACUCUUAGUAACUUCUUCUAAGCUCACUGGGAUGAACCAGGUUAGAGUUUUUAAAAAACAGUGUUGUGUCAAUACUAAUGAGGGUACAGCUUAGGUAAUUAUAGGUAUGUGUUCCUUUUGACCAUUUAUUUAAUUAGAACUAUAUUUGUGGACCUGCUGACCUCAACCAUGACCUUCAACAUAUCAAAGAAAAAAAUUAACUCUGGCUAUGUUAAAUGUACGAAAUAAAGCUUUCAUCUUUGACAUGCAUGAUCAGUCACCCAAGGCCUUUCCGUUGUCAUUACAUUUUUGUAGCUUCUGACCUUUGACCUACUUAUCAAAAAGACUAAUUCUGAAUUUCAACCCACUCAUCAAGCUAUGUUGUCUUCUGACAACUCUUGUCUAAUAUGACAAAAACAUUGGAGAUAUUUAGGUAUCUACUGUACAUGUACCAAUACUAGGUCCAUGACAAUAAUAUGGUUUGGUCAUUGAUCCCGAUUGUUGGUAUCCCACCAAGUGUUGUUAGUGUGAUUAAUAGUAAGUGAAGUUAAUCAUGUUAUCACAGACCUUUUAUUUUUUUUAAAUUUGGUAAAAUUCCUUAUGUUAUUUUUAUACGGUAUUAUAUAUAGCAAUACUGUCUUGGCUUUUAAGUUUUCAUGUAUAAUGUGAUUAGUUUUGAAAUGUAAGCAUUGUAUACAAUGAUGGAUGUUUUAAUGUUUAAAUGCGGCUGCAUGUGAAGGAGAUGUACUUUUAUUGGAUUGAUUGAUGCGGUACAGUACGUAAAUGCAUGGCUAUAUGAAUGGAGUGAAAGUGGAAUUGGUAAUAUCAUUGUAUAAUCGAGAGACUGCAUGUGUACUCAGAAAAUCGUCCCAUAGACAGAUACUUCUGAAUGUUGAUUGUUAUUAUUGUUAUGCCCUUGCUAUGAAAUAGCUGGGUACAUAUACCAUUCCCUUGCCUGCCUGUCUGUUGUCCAUCUUUCUGUCUGUAUGUCAGACAUUAUAGACUUUGCAUUAAGGUGUUUUUCUGAGUCAAUGGGUUUGGGGAUGCCGAUAUUUCACAUGGAGGUUCUUUUUGGGUCUGACAUAUCAUUUAAUGGUGUUAAAUUGUAAAAAGGUUCUUAGUUAUUUUAACUUUUUUUACAGUUUACACAUAAUUUGAACUUGACAAGCUUUGGUUCUAAAUCCAGCCUUAUUGAUAACAUGUUAACAUAGGCCUCCCUUUUCACUAAUCUGUGAGUGUGGAGUAACUUACAUGUUCCUCCAUUUUGACCAAACUUGGACUUAUAGAAAUAUCAAUCUAUCGUUGUGAUUUUAUUUUAAGAGUCAUAACAGGGCCAUUAAUGUGAAAUUAUGUAAUUAAUACGAAAUCCAUUACAGUUUGUUAGAUAGUCCUCCGGAGGUUUCAAGAGGGCAGGUUUUUGAGUCCAAACAUUUUUCAAACCAUUUCUCUCUCUAAAAAAAGGAGAUUUAAGGCUAAAGAGUGGUUGAUAGAUAAGGAAAAUUUACUGAAUAAAUGUGCAUCCAUUAAAAUGUUAUUUUUAAAAUGUUUUUCUGUACGACUGGUGGCUCUCACCAGAAGAUCUAGUCAUCAGACAAAAUCAGUUUUGUCAAAGAGAAAUACAGAAAGAAGUGAUUUUAUUUUUAACAGUACAUCAGCCACGUUUUCCCUUUUACACAUAAGCAUAGAAUUUAUUUCGGAAGUUUUUUUUGAGUUAGGUAUUUUACUGGGAUAGCCCUUAUUGAAUGUGACAGUUACAUGUAUCCAGAGAAUGUGUAACCAUUGGUACUCUUAAAACUAGAGGCAUUGCUCACACAAACCAGUAAUCAAAUGAAAAUAAUGGCCACGUUUUGUUUGUGAUGUUUAGAGCGUUAAAUAUUUUGUAGUUGUAAUAGUCUUUACAACUGUCAUUUUUGUAUUUUCUAUGCAGCUGAAGUAAUAUUAGUACAAAUUUUGAUCAAUUUGUAAUUCUUGUAUACAUAAUUAGCUGUUAGUAAGAAGGCCGAUAAUAAAUAAUAUAUCUUACAA